GGUUGUCGUAGGGAGCCAAGUCAAGAACCGCCCAAACGCAUCUGGCCUUUCCGAUUCGGAGGCAUUUGAUCGAACGGUUGGUGUGCAUCGGACUGAAACGUUCGGCGACGCCAUGAGAGGGACCAAGGCAAAGGUGCUGACAGUCGCAGAGAAAUGCAAGAGUAUAUUAGCGUCGAACUGGCAAGGCCACCUUAGCACCAUCAAAGCCGACGCCAGAGGAAGCAAGGGAGACAUACACAGUUCGAAAGUUAAGUACAUGGUCAAGAGAGGGAAACCGUACAUUUGGGUUCCAGAGAAUGACAUGCACAAUGUGAACACAGUAAUUGAUGAGCGUGGCUCACUGGCAGUAGCAACGCCUUUCCCAGGUCCACUAGCCAAUCUACUCAAGUCCCUGAAAAAGUUACCCUCUCGGAUUGCUCUGACUGGAGAUGUUCUUCCUCUUAAGGAACAAAAGGCUCAGUUGGCUUCUGAAAGCCUUAAAGAACUUAUACAGUCUGAAGUGGAAGUAAUUAGUGAGUCCAGUUAUGCAGUAUCUGGCGUACUAAGUUCAACCAAUCCUGUUCGUACAUCUCGUAGUGAGAACCUUCAUGAGUUACUCGAUGGAAGUCAAAAGCACGCCAUCUAUAAGUUUGAUAUAAGAUCAUGCACAUUCGUUGAUGGCAAUGGAGGAAAUCAUGAAGUUGAUAUGGAAGUUAUACAAACAACCAAGACCGAUAUCUUAGCACCCUUUUCGGCCAUGCUUGUUGAUGGAAUUAAUCAAAGUGAAUCAAGGCGAAGAGCACUGGUGCUUUUCUGUUUCACAUACCUGAAUGCACCCGUGAGAGAUGCAUACAUGCUGUCUCUGGAUCAAAAGGGAUUUGAUAUACUGGGUAAGGUCCCGGGUCCGGCACUGGAGGAUGGUAGUCGGCAGUAUCAAUGGAAGGACUUUAGAUUCUCCAUCAAGGAAGAGGCACUGGACAUUGAAUCCUUCUGCCGGCAGCUGGUGGAGAUGGAGAAGGAGGCCAUCAAGAAGGUUUCAAGUUACAGUGGCCUUGGAUGAGUUGGAAUCCGCCUGCACAAGUGGUAGACUCCUGCCAUGGAAGGGGAGUUUAUAUUUCUCAGAAAGUCUCUGACCUUGAACUUUUCAGGGAAGAUAGUAAAAUAUCGAGGAAGAUUGCAAUAUUGUUCGGGGAAGUCUGGAGAAGUCAUUGCCUUGUCAUGCCUGUAUAGCUGAAGUUCAGCUUGCCUGAUAUAACUCUUUUUUUUUUUGGUUUUGUUUUGGAAAGAAUUGUUCUUAUUUCCACUUCGCUUCGUUUCUACAUUUUAUGGAAUUAUCGAAAGAUUGGACAAAGUCAACUGCACGCUAAUAAAUUGGACUGGCACUGCUCUAGGUUCUAGACAAAAAUUUCAU